CUAGUCAGUACCUUAAAACAUGUCGUUAUCGGUUUAUUAGAAUAAAUGGACUCUCCGCGCAUCAAUUAUUUUUCGUAUUUUUUUUAAAUUAAGUAAAAAAUUGUUCAAUGAAGUGACGCAUAACUUUACCAAUAGAUAAAUUAGAUUUUGUCUAAUUGUUAAUAAGUCACAAAAUAUAAAUAUAGCCAACUAUCCUAUUGAAUAAAAUAUGUCGUCAAAUCCCAUCAGAGGUAUACGGCGAAAAAAGUCUUCUUUGACAGAAGUAAAAAUUGCUGUACUUGGAGCACCUGGCGUUGGAAAAAGUGCUUUGACAGUUCGAUUUUUAACAAAAAGAUAUAUUGGCGAGUACGAUCAUCAAUCAGAUACAAGAUACAAACACGAAGUGAUGGUAGAUGGAGAGCCAAUUCUUUUUGAAAUAUUAGACACUUGUCCAAAAAAUGAUGAAGAAAUGCCAUUAAGUGAAGUUUAUAAUUGGGCAGAUGCAUUAGUUAUGGUAUUUACCAUAACCGACAGACGAUCUUUUAACUAUGUAAUGAGAGUAAAACAAACUAUGUUAGACACAUAUGAAAUGCCUGUAGUCUUAGUGGCUAAUAAAGCUGACAUGGUUCAUUUAAGACAAGUGAGCACUGAAGAAGGUGAAAUUUUAGCAAAAGAUUUUGAAUGCUGUUUCACAGAAGUGGCUGCUGCAGAACAAGUUGGUCAGAUUGCUGAUGUAUUUCUGGAAGUUUGUAGGGAAGUAAUGAGCGUUCGUCGAAAAAACAAACAAUCAUUACUUGAUCGAAUGUUAGGAAGCAAAACAGCAGUUGUAAAAGCUUAUGCUCGUGGUAAAAGUGACAGUGCGUUACCGAAAGAAUAAAUAUUAUAUAGCAAAAUUUUCUCUAUCAAGUUAUUAUAGCGAAAAAAUAUUGUACGCAGAAAUUAUGUUGAUGAACAACUUUUGAUUUGGCAUUGUAAUAUUUUUAAUGCUUGUAUUUGUAAAAUUUCCAAAUAAGUUAUUGAUAUUUAUAGUGAUAAUUUCUAAAAAAAUAAUUGUAAUCAUAAUAUUUGAUAUUGGAUUGAAAUAGUUAUAAUGUUUAAAAUCAAGUUUAAAUUCCUAAAACUUUGUAAUAUUUAGAUAUAUUUUUAAUUAAUA